AUGUCGACGACCACCACCCAGACCACCUCCGCAACAACAACCCUUUCCGGAACGGCGCAAGCCCAAGACGAUCCAUCCUACGUCCCCCGCGGCCCAGUCAAGGCUUCACUCAACUUCUUCAAAGACCCCGCCGACGGAUCCAAGCCAUAUAACUACAUCAACAAACAACCCGAAGGCCAACCGCAGCGCAACUUCGGCUACGAUGCCAUCGAGGUAGAAUUGUCCGAUAUCAGAGAUCACGAAGACAACUACAAUCUCGACAAAGAUGCCUUUGAGGCCAUCAAGAACGUCGGCCCCUCACAAGAAACAGAGUUUGUCGACGACGAACACAUCAGAAAAGUCUACUAUCCCGAAGUCGAGCGCCUGUUGCUCGACCAUGUCCCCGGUGCGCACAAAGUGACUAUUUUCGACCAUACGAUCCGCCGCUCCGAUCCUAAUGCCCACCGUGCCCCUGUGACUCGAGUCCAUGUCGACCAGACGGCCCGCUCGACCGAGUGGCGGGUCCGGAAACAUGAUCCCGACGAGGCGGACGAGUUGCUCAAGGGACGAUUCAGGAUCAUUAAUGUCUGGCGACCGAUCAAUGGUGUUGUGCAGGCUCAUCCGCUUGCGUUUGCAUCCGCCGGCACGGUCAGUGAUUCCCAAGAUCUUGUCCCUGUCGAGCAGCGGUAUCCGGAUUGGUCGGGUGAGAUUGCGGGCGUCAGAUAUAAUCAGAACCAGAGGUGGUAUUAUUGGUCUGGAAUGGAUAAUGAUGAGAGAUUGUUGCUCAAGUGCUAUGAUAGUAGCAACGAUGGUGUUGCGCAGCGAGUUCCGCAUUCGGCGUUUGUGGAUCCGAGAACACCGCAUGGUGCGAAGGGGCGGGAGAGCAUUGAGGUUCGAGCUUUGGUUUAUGGAUAG